GUAAAAUCUGGCGAGAUUUCAAGUAGUUCCGUUACUGUCCUACAAUUACAAGCUGCUAAUGAGAUUGAUUGGUUUCAACACUUGGGAUAUUUGACAUAAGAAGGUUGUACUUACAAACCAAACAUAAACUUGCAAACUGCUUGGGGUUAUCCUGUCCUCAAUACAAAUUUAUGGAGAUGGUUGAACAGUCUCCACUUAUAUCUAGUUUAAUGUCAACUCCCAUGAGUUCAAGUCUUGGAUGUGCACGCUUAGAGCUAGUGAGUUAAUUUGUUAGGUUAGAAUGGUGUAAAGUCAAACUAUCACAAUGUCCUUACUUCGGGGAAAAAUGUGUCCGUUCCGAGGAAGCCGUUAUAAAAAAGUUUGGGGAAAUGGCAUAAAAGGCCCAAAAUUCACCCACAUGUGGCGGAAAUCCCCCAAGCUUUGGAAAAAACUGCUAACUGUGAUUGGACUUUUGGAAACCCCGAAAUUUCCCCAAAAUCGUGUGAUUGGGAUUUGCGUCCUAAGAUAUAUAUUCUAACCUUUGAUAGUCAUUUUAAGAGCGUAAAAUAAUUCAUCUGACUUCUCAAGGUCACAAACUUUCAUCCUUUAAGGAAAAAUUGCUAUUCUACAGUCAAAACUCGUGAUCUAGGCGGCGAGUUCGGUGAUUAUUUAAUUAUCAAAUGAAGUAAAUGUUUAGUGGACUCAGUUUUUCAAUUAAGAAUGUAUUUCAUAAUUGCGAGCUCAGGGGUAUACUUGAUAGAAUAUAUUGGUAAUUCUGAACGAAAUACACAAUGCACACCUGUAGCAGUAUCCGAUGGCAUGAAACUUCUGCGGUAUGCUGUUUCUAUUGGAGAUUCCGAUAGAGUUUAUAAACUAUUGAGAUUUUCACAUAUAUCACCAAUUGACCAUGGUACUGAUAUGCCUGUUAUCUGUAAGGCAGCUGUGAAAGGUUAUACGGAUAUUGUUGGUCUCCUUAUCAGACAUGGUGCAUCAGCAAAUGCAAGGUCAACUGAUGGUUCUACACCCUUAAUUUAUGCUGCUGAUGGUGGUCAUCUCACUGUUUUAUCACUGCUGUUAGAUGCAGGAGCGUUAGUCAACACUAUUAAUUGCCAUGGUGAAUGUGCUCUUACCCGUGCUACCCGUCGUGGAUGGGUUCAUUGUGCACGAUUUCUCUUAAGCCAUGGAGCUAAUCCGAAUCCGAUGCCAUCUGAUGGGCAUACUUUUGUGGUAUCACCACUACAUUUAGCUCGUCAAAUGCAUCAAACAGUUAUAGAACAAGAUAUUUUAAAAAGAACAGUUGAGAUUGACAAAGCUGUUGCUGAAAUAGUAGCAACGACUCUACCAAAUCAUUUGACUUUGAUAGAACCAGGACAUUUACCAGAGACAAUGUCUUUGAGUUUGUUUCCUGUUCAAAUCUUCUCUUCAGAAGAGCUUAGUCGCUUUGUUUUGUACUUUAAAACACCUCCUGGGUAUGGUUCACGCAGUGUACAAAUGGGAAAUAAAGAAUCUUCCAGUGGAUCGACACCGUCUGACGAGCUGAUAUUCGUAUAUGUGAUUCGAGCGCAGUUAUCAGACAAUCAUGUCUCUUGCUGGCUCACUGGACCUCCCAUGGAAUCAUUAUCAUUGAGCUUUAAUGGAACGAAAAAACACUGUACUGUGAUUCCCUUGUCUUCUGAGUAUUCUGGUAUUUGCGUAUAUUCAGUAUCUACAGUAAUUAGGAGUGGUGGACUCAAUACUCUCUGCCUAGAGCUACGUCCCCAAGACCAAUCAAUUGGUGAAACAGCUCAGAGUGCAUCAUAUGAUUCAGUUGUUCUUGUUGGAGCUUACCGUAUUCGUCUGGAUGUAACCUCUUUAAUAAUGGCCUCAGUGAAUCCAGUUUCCUCAACAGGAACCACUAAAGCAAGCGUGUACAUCCCCAGAUCAGCCAUAUGAUAUUAUUAACUAUGAAAAAUAUGGAUGUUUUUUUAACCACUUUUCGGUUCCAUUCUAUUAAACAGAUUAUAAAGUUUUUAAAAUGUACUUGACAGAAAAUAUAACAAGAUAUAAACGACAGUUAUUAUACACAAAUUAUUUUUUACAAAAUUCUCAUAUUUACAUGAACGAUAUUCAUAUUGAAUUCAGAAAGAAAAUAUUGUACUAAACCGACUGAUAAUCAUGCA